UGUAUGAGUAUGUGUCAAAGUCUUUGCUAUUAGAAUUUGUUUUUGGGUCUGCCGCGCACGUACUGGAAAAUAAGAAUUUUUCACUAUUGAAAAAUCCAUUUUCUCCAAAGUACAGGAAACAAUAGCCAAUUGAGUUUUUAAACAUUUUGUGUGAAUUAUCUCACGAAUCUAUGAUUUGUGUUGGUUUACAUUCAUAAAUUUAAACAAAAAACUAUUUUCAUCCAAUUGAUUUUUGAGAGUUUAUUUAUUUUGGCAAGCGGCUUUAUUUGUUCGCCACUCAAUACGACUUCAUUCAAAUAUCAUUUUUGUUCUGACGUAAGCAACACUAUUCACUAGUAUGCGGAAUUAUUGAUUAUUUUUGUGCAGAACUUUGGCCCAUCAUUUUCAUCGCAUCAUAACAACAUUUAAAUUGUCAUAAUAUAUUUGAAUCGUUGAAUAUUGAUAAAAUAUCAUGAGUGCCGCUGUUGAUCCAUUUGUUAUAACAUCGCGUGAACGUGUAAAAUAUGUGGAACAAUUCAAAUCAUUGAAACCACUAAACGAGACUGUAACCGGCCAACAGGCUCGUGGAUUUUUUCUUCAAUCUCAAUUGCCACCAGCCGUUUUAGGUGAAAUAUGGUCUCUAGCUGACACUGAUCGUGAUGGGAAAAUGGACAUCAAUGAGUUCAGCAUUGCAUGUAAAUUGGUCAACUUGAAGCUACGAAAUUUCGAAAUACCAAAGCAACUUCCACCAACCAUGAUUGCAUCACUGAAAGCAUUCGGAUCAACUCCAACAUUGACGCCAACCGGUGCUGGCAGUUUGAGUCCAGUAACAAAUAUUCCACCAGGUGUUCAUCCACCAAGACCAGUGUUGCCUCCGCAAUUACAACAACAGCCACAGCAAAUCCUAGCUCAACAAACUCAAUCAGUACCACUCAUUACGCCAAAUAUUGGCAUGGGCAUUGGAAUCGAUUUGACAUCACAAAGCAUAGCACAACCGCCAAUCAUGGGCAUCCAACCGGUUGCAAUCAUUCCAAAUGCUCAACCACCAAUUGUUCCAAUUCAACCGCCGCUUAUCAACCAAGCCCUUCAAACAACAAAUAGUGCAUUGCUCAUUGAUUCACUUGUAAAUGUCCCGCCAGCACCGAUGGCAUCGGCAAUUGACAGCGCUCCAGCAGCAACAAAUCCUUUACCAGCACCACCUACACCACCAAGUGGAACUCAAAGUCGUUCGAUGUCUAUUUCAGAGAAAGCACCAUCUAUCGAAUCACCAGGUUCGUCAUCUACGCCGAUUGAAUGGGCAGUGAAAGGGCCGGCAAAAUUGAAAUAUACUCAACUCUUCAACACAACUGAUCGCACACGAUCGGGAUAUUUGACGGGCGCACAGGCAAGUAAUUUACUCCUUCAAUCCAAAUUACCGAAAGCAACGCUUGCACAAAUAUGGGCACUCGCUGAUGUUGAUUCGGAUGGCCGCUUGGGUUGCGAUGAAUUUGUUCUCGCUAUGUACUUGUGUGAGAUUGCUGGCCAGGGUGAGCAAAUUCCAGCGAAGCUACCCCCGGAAUUGGUGCCACCAUCGUUUAGAAAAUGUGUUUCACGCCAUGGAUCCGUGACAACUUCGGGCCCAAACUCUCGACACGGAUCCAUCUCAUCGCAGAGUGGAAGUACAGCAAUUGCAGAUGGAGACUCCAGUUUGCACAACUACAAUCAAACAACAUUCGAGGAUAAACGAAAAGAAAACUUUGACAAAGGCCAAGCUGAAUUGGAGCGACGUCGAAAGAUUUUGCAAGAUGCUCAGCGCAAGGAAAUUGAAGAGCGUGAACGAAAAGAGCGCGAAGAAGCUGAAAAGAAGGAAAAAGCACGUUUAGAAGCUGAGCGUAAAGAACGAGAAGAGCUAGAACGUCAACUGCAGAUUCAGCGUGAGCUCGAACAAGAAAGAGAAGAAAAACGUAAACGUGAACUUGAACAAAAAGAGGCUGCCCGUAAAGAAAUGGAAAAACAGCGACAGAUUGAGUGGGAGAAUCAGCAGUUACAGAAAAUGCAGCAAUUGCGACAACAGGAACAAGAAAAGUUGCUGAAAUUAAAAGCACAAAAUCAAACGUAUACAAUUGAAUUAGGGUCGUUGAAUGAAAAAGUGAAAGAAUUGUCGCAGAAAAUUUGCGAUACUCGUGUAUCCGUUACGAGUGUGAAAACAGUAAUCGACGGUAUGCGUUCUACACGUGACACCCAAAUGUCUGAUAUGGCUUCAUUGAAGGCACGAAUUAAAGAGCAAAAUGCUAAAUUGGUGCAAUUGAGCCAGGAUAAGGCCAAACUGGAUAGUAAAUAUGCAAAGGCGGAUGGUUUAAGUCAAGAAAUAUUUGCAAACAAACAGUUGAAUAUAAACCAAUUGCGUGGAAAACUGCAAAAUCUUAAAGAAGAAGUUGAACCAAAGGAAGCUGACGUCAAUGCAAAUACCGAGCAACUGAACGAAGUAAAGGGUCAACUGAAGACAUUGCUAGACAAUUGUGAAGAGAUUUAUACACUUUACAUAACUCAACGGAACCAAGUUCUUGAACUCAAAAACAACAAGAAAAACGAAUCACUCACCUCAGCGUGGGAUUCAGCACCAGCAGUACGGCAAGAUUCUUGGGCGACAAGCGCAGUUGCUCCAACAGAUCCAACAGGAACAGCAACAACAACAACAGCCAUAACGAACGAAAUCACUACAAAACCUGGCUACGAACCAUAUCGUGCAAUUUAUGAGUUUAACGCUCGAAACACCGAUGAAAUAACAUUUCAACCCGGCGACAUUGUAAUGGUGCCAUUCGAACAGAAUGCUGAGCCUGGUUGGUUAGCGGGCGAAAUUAAUGGACAUACUGGAUGGUUUCCUGAAUCAUUUGUGGAGAAAAUUGAAAGCGGAACGGAAACAGUUGAUCAAAACAGCUCCAAUUACACACAGCAACGAGAAAACGAAAUACAACCAGAAAUCGCUUUCAAUUCAAGUGCACAGCCUGAAUAUGGUGACGACACAUACAUAUCUUGUUAUCCAUAUGAAUCCGCCGAACCAGGUGAUCUAACAUUUGGUGCGGGUGAAUAUAUCACAGUCAUUAAGAAAGAUGGAGACUGGUGGACCGGAACGAUUAACAAUAGAACUGGAAUGUUUCCAUCAAAUUAUGUGCAGGACGUCUCCAGUGCAAGUGCAAGUGCACAAGCCAAUACGGAAAAUUCAUCUUACUUUACCCAACCGGAAACCGGCACUCAAAACUAUUCCGAUGAUGUACGUAACCAAGAAGAAGCUGAUACUGAAGUCUCCGAAAUUAAUACUCAACCAAAAAGCGAAACCGUACAAGAUAACUUCAGUCGGCCAAUGUCAACUUCAUCCACAACAUCUGGAAUUCGUGGGUCGAAAAAGGGCGAAGUUGCGCAGGUUAUAGCACCAUACGAAGCGACAAGUACUGAGCAAUUGUCGUUGCAACGAGGUCAAUUCAUAAUGAUUCGUCAGAAAUCUGAGACUGGGUGGUGGGAGGGCGAAUUACAAGUUCGUGGCAGACGUAAACAAAUUGGUUGGUUCCCGGCUACUUAUGUGAAAGUACUACAAAGUGGGCGAUUGAGUGGUCGCAGUACGCCUGUGUCAGGUGGAAAAAUUCAAAUGAAUGAAACCAUCCUAGACAAAGUGAUAGCACUGUAUCCAUACAAAGCUCAAAAUGAUGAUGAACUAUCAUUUGAUAAGGACGAUAUCAUUAGUGUGUUGGGAAGAGAUGAACCAGAAUGGUGGCGUGGAGAGUGUCAAGGUUUGACGGGACUGUUUCCAAGCAAUUACGUUGGUCCAUUUGUAACAUCCGGCAACGUUUAAUGUAAUAGAAACGAAUAACAACAGCAGAACAGAAUAUUGCAGCAUACGACCAUGACGAGAAACACAUUUCACAUUCCAAUAAUCUUAUCUAUGAUAGUCUCAAUCAUCAUAUACAAACCUACAAAGUAUAUUUCACGCAUUAUGAAAUAACAACAGCAAUUGUUGACCUAUCACUAUCUACAUACAUUUAUUAACGAGUUCAACUGUUAGAACAAUAAGACUUAUGUUAAAUUUCCAUUCUCAUUUAAUGAAUACAUAAUAUGAUGUAUUGCAUACACUAUAUAAAUAUAAAUAUAAAUAUAUAAAUACAAUUUUAUUUUGAGCUUCGAAAAAUUUAAUCAUGCUCUGAACAUAACGUAGCACGUAUAACUAACUAAAGAUAUUAUUAAAUUGCAAUAUAGUCAGUCCCCAAAAAAGUUUUUGUUUCGUUGUAUUUGAAAAAAAUAACACACACAUAAAUUCGUUAAAACGAUAAUCAUUUGAUUAAGUUAUUAUUGAAAAUUUUCCGAAAGUGAAGUUAGACCCAAUUUAAUUAAUUAUUUAAUUAAGUAUAUUGUACUGUAAUCGAUGAAAACAAAAAACAAAAAACAAAACAAAAAUAAAAUGAUUGUUUGAAA